GAGAUAAAGAAAAAUUAUAAAUAUGCCUGCAGUGUGGUGAUUUUCACUUUAAUCGUAGUUGUACUUUAACUGUGUUUGCCUGUGAUCAAAUUUUGGUAAACAAAAAAAUCGGGGAAAACAAACAAGAACGUCGCUCACCAGUCACACCAGAGAAAUAAGCAACAAACGACACACUAUAAAGAUGGCGCCCAACGCAAAGGAUCCCAUCCCCAAGGAAGAAGAAGCACCACUGCAAGAAAAGCACAGCGCAACGCAUCUAAAGCUACCCGCCGAGAUCGGCACGGAUUACACCUUCAAACGGAAGAUUGUCUGGUUCAACGCAAUUGGUUUCCUUGCCCUGCAUCUUUCGGGUCUCUAUGGACUCACGAUGAUCUUCCAGGCGCGCAUCUACACUUUUAUUUGGAUGGGUUUUUUGGCGUUGUCAUCAGGCGAGGGCGUAACAAUCGGCGCACACAGACUAUUCUCACACAAGGCGUUCAAAGCAACACCUCCACUGCGUGCGGCACUGUUGGUAUUGCACACAAUAGCUGGACAGAAUUGUCUGUACAUCUGGGUGCGUGAUCAUCGUCAGCAUCAUAAGUACAGCGAUACUGAUGCCGAUCCGCACAACGCCAACCGUGGCUUCUUCUUUUCGCACGUUGGAUGGCUGAUGAGCAGAAAACAUCCGGCCGUUGUCAGCAAAGGCAAGACAAUCGAUAUGUCUGAUUUGGAAGCGGAUUGGAUGGUGAUGUUCCAAAAGAAAUUCUACAAACCAUUGUACAUGGUGUUUGCUUUGGCUCUCCCGGUUGGUAUUCCAGUGUACUUCUGGAAUGAAUCCUACUGGAACUCACUUUUUGUUGCGUUCUUUGCUCGUUAUGUCAUUAUGCUGAACAUAACCUGGUUGGUCAAUAGUGCUGCCCACUUCUACGGAACGAAACCAUAUGACAAAAAUUUGAAACCAGUUGAAAGUGCCCUGGUGUCAUUCCUCUCACAGGGUGAAGGUUGGCAUAACUAUCAUCAUGCCUUCCCGUGGGAUUACCGCGCAGCUGAGCUGGGUAGCCGAUACUCAAUGACGACCUUCAUCAUCAAUUUCCUUGCUAGUGUAGGGUUAGCUUAUGACCUACGCACUACUCCACACAACAUCGUCGAACAUCGCGUGCUAAGAACCGGCGAUGGUACCCAUCCAAUCCAUGAACAGGCCGAUCCCAGUAUUACCAAGGCCCAGAGUUUGGAACACAGCACGGAUAUCAAUGGUGGUGCGCCACAAGGCAUUAACAACAACGAUGGGUUGGUCAAAAGAGCCGCCAUUGCUGUGCAGGGCUGAAACACUGGCCCAUAUCAUAUGUGGCGGGGUAUAACUUAAAUUAUUUCGUGUUUGAUAUGGUCGAAAGUGUCUUUAAGGACCGCCCGAGUUGUUUGUUAUUCAAAUCGUUUUAAUUUAUUUACCAAAUAUUAUAUUUAAAUACGAUCUAGAUGCAUUUCGUCCGAGAUAAGGUCAACAUUGCAGUAAGGUGAAGAAUUAUUUUAUCAAAACACAUUGGUGCUUUUAAAAUGCAAUAUUUACUAUUGUUAGAAACAUGCUAAAUAAAGAUUGUUAAUUUUUGGCAAAAGAA